AAAGGAACAUGGCCGUAGCGCGGUCCUUGAGGAUGUUUGCACUUGUGGCUCGGUUUACUCGGGUGCCUCGACGGGAUCUGGCGGCCCGCGGAGCCGACGAGCCCCUGCCCGUAGUGCGCAUUCCGCGGGCUCUACAGCGGCGGCAGGAACAGCGGCAGAGCGAACGGCGGGGACCCUUGCGGCCGGAGCUGGUGCGACCUGGCCGGCUGCUGAUCUCGGCUCGGCGACGGGAGUUGAACCAGCCGGCGCGCCUCACGCUGGGCAUUUGGGAGAGCGUGCCGCUUGCUUCGCGUGGCUGGAAGAAUCGGCGCUCCGUGCAGGACCACUUCUCCAUCGAGCGCGCUCAGCAAGAGGCACCAGCGCUUCGGAACCUCUCUUCCGUGGGCUACUUCGCCGAUCUGGGUCUGGAGCCCCGCUUGCUGCAAGUUCUAAAGGAGGCUUCUCCCGAAGUCGUUCAUCCUACGGCCGUGCAGUCGAGCGUCAUCCCUCCACUACUUUGCGGCAGCCACGUCCUUUGCGCGGCAGAAACCGGCAGUGGCAAGACCCUCAGCUACCUAUUACCUCUGCUUCAGCGGCUCUUGGGCCGGCCAAUCCCGGACUCCCUUCGUAUCACUGCUCCCCGGGGUCUAGUCCUUGUGCCUUCGCGGGAAUUAGCUGAACAGGUGCGUGCAGUGGCACAAACCUUGGGCAGCUCCUUGGGCCUCCAGGUGCGAGAGCUAGGGGGAGGCCAUGGCAUGAGGAGGAUCAGGCUGCAACUGUCCAAACAACCUCCAGCAGAUGUGCUAGUUGCCACUCCAGGGUCUCUGUGGAAGGCCCUGAAAAGUCGUCUGAUCAGCCUGGAGCAGCUCUCCUUCUUGGUGUUGGAUGAGGCAGACACGCUCUUAGAUGAAAGUUUCCUGGAACUGGUGGAUUACAUCUUGGAGAAGAGCCAUAUAGCCGAAGGUCCAGAUGACUUAAAAGAUCCCUUCAAUCCCAAAGCCCAGUUAGUGCUGGUGGGGGCCACAUUUCCCGAAGGUGUAGGCCAACUGCUUAGUAAAGUUGCCAGCCCAGACUCCCUAACCACCAUCACCAGCUCCAAGCUCCACUGCAUCAUGCCUCAUGUCAGACAGACAUUUAUGAGACUGAAGGGAGCAGAGAAAGUGACUGAGUUGGUACAGAUCCUCAAGCAGCAUCACAGAGCACGUAGGACUGGCACCUCAGGAACUGUUCUGGUGUUCUGUAAUAGCUCCAGCACUGUGAACUGGCUGGGAUAUAUCCUGGAUGACCACAAAAUCCAACACCUAAGGUUGCAGGGACAAAUGCCAGCCUCAAUGAGGGCAGGUAUUUUCCAGUGCUUCCAGAAGGGCUCCCAAGACAUACUUCUCUGCACAGACAUAGCCUCUCGGGGCCUGGACAGCACCCACGUGGAACUGAUUAUCAAUUAUGAUUUCCCCCUCACCCUGCAGGACUACAUCCACAGAGCAGGGAGGGUGGGCCGUGUGGGGAGCAAGGUGCCAGGCACCAUAAUCAGCUUUGUGACCCAUUCCUGGGAUGUGAGUCUGGUUCAGAAGAUUGAGCUGGCAGCUCGCCGGAGGAGAAGCCUUCCAGGACUAGGGUCCUCAGUGAGAGAGCCUUUGUCCCAGCAACCUUGAUUGCAGCUAGUUUAAAUGAUGUGCCAGUGGUGGGUGUACACACCUGUUAGUAGGACAUGCUGCGCUGCCCAGUCACCUCCCUGAAGGCUUG